AUGUCGAAGACCAAGGUUUCCUCCAAGGUUGACAAGAAGGCCUCCAAGGCUCUGUCCAAGGUCAAGGACGCUGGUGUCACCAAGGCUGCUGCCUCCCCCGCUGCCAAGUCCAAGGACGUUGCUCGCAAGGUCGCUGCCAAGGAGGCCAAGGCUUCCCGCAAGAACAAGAAGAAGGAGCCUACUCCCAGCUCCUCCGAGUCCGAGUCCGACAGCGAUGAGGACAUGAAGGAUGCUUCCUCCUCUUCCGAGAGCGAGUCCGAGGAUGAGAAGCCCGUCAAGAAGGAGUCCAAGAAGGUCGAGAAGAAGGAGGAGUCCUCUUCCGAGGAGUCUGACUCUUCCGACUCUUCCGAGUCCGAGUCCGAGGACGAGAAGCCCGCUGCCAAGAAGGCUGCUAAGAAGGAGGAGUCUUCCUCUGAGUCUGAGUCUGACUCCGAGUCCGAGUCCGAGGAUGAGAAGCCUGCCCCCAAGAAGGCCGAGAAGGCCGCCAAGAAGGAGGAGAGCUCUGACUCUUCCGACUCUUCCGACUCCGAGUCUGAGUCCGAGGAUGAGGCUCCCGCUAAGGCUGAGAAGGCCGAGAAGGAGUCCUCCUCCGAUUCCGAGUCCGAGUCCGGCUCUGACAGCUCCGACAGCUCUGACUCCGAGUCCGAGGCUGAGGAGAAGCCCUCCAAGAAGCGCAAGGCCGAGGAGGAGCCCGUCGCUGCUGCCAAGAAGUCCAAGACCGAGGAUGCCCCCGAGGGUGCUUCCGCCAACCUGUUCGUUGGUAACCUCUCCUGGAACGUUGAUGAGGAGUGGCUCCAGCGCGAGUUCGCCGAGUUCGGUGAGCUCACUGGCUGCCGUAUCGUCACUGACCGUGACUCUGGUCGCUCUCGUGGCUUCGGUUACGUCGAGUACUCCAGCGCUGCCGAUGCCGCCAAGGCCUUCGAGGCCAAGAAGGGUGCCGAGAUCGAUGGCCGUCCCAUCAACCUGGACUACGCCACUGGCCGCCAGAACAACCAGCAGCAGGGUGGCCGUGACCGUGCUCAGAGCCGUGCCAAGAGCUUCGGUGACUCUACCAGCCCCGAGAGCGACACUCUCUUCGUUGGCAACCUGCCCUUCAGCGCUUCCGAGGACGCUCUCCGUGACGUCUUCGGUGAGCAGGGUACCAUUCUCGGUAUCCGUCUGCCCACCAACCCCGACGAUGGCCGCCCCAAGGGCUUCGGUUACGUCCAGUUCUCCUCCGUUGAGGAGGCUCGUGCCGCUCACUCCCAGCUCCAGGGUGUCGACGUUGAGGGCCGUCCUCUCCGUCUGGACUUCAGCACUCCCCGUCCUCCCCGUGAGGGUGGUGGUGGCUUCGGUGGCCGUGGCGGUGGUCGCGGCGGUUUCGGUGGUCGCGGUGGUGGCCGUGGCGGUCGUGGUGGCUUCGGCGGCCGCGGCGGCGGCCAGGGUGGCUACAACAAGGCCAAGGGCAGCAUCCCUGAAUUCAAGGGUACCAAGGUCACCUUCUAA